CUCCUCCAUCAUAUCCUCCUCCACCUCCAUCAUGUCCUCCAAAAUCAGCCCCUGUAUCAUCCACUGUACAAUUCCCUCCAAAAUCAUUCGCUGAAUAAUUCCCUUCUCCAGCCGCAUGAUUUCCUCCAAAAUCUCCAUUUCCUCCUGCACUAUAUCCCCCAAAACUGGCACGACCAAGAUCGUUCCUUCCAAGGUCCUCUUGGUCUGGGCUGAUUUCCAUCUCACUUACAGGGACGUAAGCAUCAUCUUCUGAGGCUGAGGAACAAGAGCUGUCAUGGUGGGAAGAGAUGGAGAGCGUAUGAGGAGCGGGGUUUGAGGAGUUACCCUUAUCUUUCCAGUAAUCUUGACCAGUAAGGUAUGCAGAGAGAGCUCCAUUUUUAGCUCUAGAGAUAAUAGAAUUACCUUUCUUGUUGUUUGUUUUUAUAUAUUUUUUAUUCCAUUCCUUUUGGUUGGUUGACUUUUUGAUGUUUCAUUCCUUUUAUCUUCAGACUUGGGUUUAAUAGCUCUACCAAGAGGUAGAAUAGUCUCUUUAAUAACUUGAUCUGUGACUAAAUCCUCAUCAACAAUUUCUCCGUCUUCCUUCUUAUCUUUGUCUCAACAACCACCCAUUUUAUUUUAGUUGUAU